ACCCGUUUGCAUGCACCUUCAGUAAGGUCUUCUCUCUGCUUCCUAAUUCAUUUAGGGUCCUAAAGACGUAGACUUAGAUUCAUCAAAGGGCCUCUGUGGUCAUCUAGUCCAACCUAUUCAUGAAGGGAGUUUCCGCCCUUACACGCCUGGGAAGUGGUGUUAUCCUGUGGUAGCCAGCCUUUGCUGAAAGACCUCCCCCUCUAGGGGUGAUUCCACCGCUUCUGCUUUUAGACAGCCUGAAUUGUUUUCCUGACAUCAAGCCUAGACUUGCCUCAUUGCCGCUUUGACCCCGUGCUUCUUGUUCCUCCCACUGGGGACAAACAGAACAAAUCUGGUCCCUCUAGCCCGUGGCAGACCUUCCAGUAGUUGAAGAGCCCAAUCUAUCGUGUCCGCCAGAUCUUCUCUUGAAGCUGAACAUGUCCAUUUCCUUCAGUGUGUCCUCAUAUGUCAUGGACUCAAGAUACACAGAAAAAGUAGUGGCAACCAGUAAAGAUCCCAAGGAAGAGAAGGAGGAGGAAGACAGCUCUACCCUUUCUCAGGAAGCUCCCAUCGCUGCUGCUCGGCCCAGCCGGGGCUGGCGUAGCAGCAGCAGGACUGCCUCACGCCAGUGUGAUACAGAGAACACGAGAAGUUCAAGGUCCAAGACUGGCUCCUUGCAGCUGAUCUGCAAAUCAGAACCCAAUACAGAACAGCUUGAAUACGAGAUCGCAGAAGAACAUCAGUCUCCUGGUGGAGUAAGUAGUGAUGAGGAGGAGGAGGAGGAAGAGGAGAUGUUGAUCAGCGAAGAGGAAAUACCCUUCAAAGACGACCCAAGAGAUGAGACCUACAAACCCCACUUAGAAAGGGAAGCCCCAAAGCCACGGAGAAAAUCAGGGAAGGUGAAAGAAGAGAAAGAAAAGAAAGAAAUUAAAGUGGAAGUGGAGGUGGAGGUCAAAGAAGAAGAAAAUGAAAUUAGGGACGAUGAGGAGCCUCCUAGGAAGAGAGGAAGGAGGCGAAAAGAUGACAAAAGCCCACGAUUACCCAAAAGGAGGAAGAAACCUCCGAUCCAGUAUGUUCGUUGCGAGAUGGAAGGCUGUGGAACCGUUCUUGCUCACCCUCGAUAUCUGCAACACCACAUUAAAUACCAGCAUAUGCUGAAGAAGAAAUAUGUGUGUCCUCAUCCUUCCUGUGGACGACUCUUUAGGCUCCAGAAGCAGCUGUUGCGACAUGCCAAACAUCACACAGAUCAAAGGGAUUACAUUUGUGAGUACUGUGCUCGGGCCUUCAAGAGCUCCCACAACUUGGCAGUUCACCGGAUGAUCCACACUGGCGAGAAGCCACUCCAGUGUGAGAUCUGUGGAUUCACCUGUAGGCAAAAGGCUUCCCUCAACUGGCACAUGAAGAAGCACGAUGCAGAUUCCUUCUACCAGUUUUCUUGCAAUAUUUGUGGCAAGAAGUUUGAGAAGAAGGACAGCGUGGUGGCCCACAAAGCAAAAAGCCACCCCGAGGUGCUGAUUGCUGAAGCUCUGGCUGCCAAUGCUGGAGCCCUAAUCACCAGCACAGAUAUCCUGGGUACUAACCCAGAGUCCCUGGCACAACCCACUGAUGCCCAGGGCCUUCCCCUUCUUCCAGAGCCCUUGGGGAACUCGGCCCCUGCGGAGUGCCUCCUGCUAGAUUCGGAAGGGAUGCCCAAGGCAUUCUGCAGCGGGGCAGAGCGGGUGAGCCUGAUGGCGGAUGGAAAGAUCUUUGUGGGGAGUGGCAGCAGUGGAGGCCCAGAAGGGCUGGUCAUGAACACGGAGAUUCUCGGGGCCACGACAGAGGUUCUGAUUGAAGAUUCAGACUCUGCUGGACCGUAGGGGCAUUGGGACAAUUCAGACUUUGUAUUUAAAAAAAGGAAAAAAAAUGGAAAAAAAUGACAAAGUUAAAACAGAUUUAAAAUACUAGUAAAAGUAACUGAAGGGCCUGCUCCUCCCAGUGUGGAACAUAGCACACCCCCUUUCCCUCCAUCCUUACGCCAUUGGCCCCUUUAUGAAAGUAAUGCUGCUUUCACCAAUGAUAGACAGAAGAAACUCUCAAAGCAAAGUGAGGGAAAUCCUCACGCCCAAUUCAAGCCAGACAGACUUUCCUGACCUUUGGCAGACCUCUUCCUUCGCCUUUUCCUUUCUUAGACUGUCGUUUUGAUGCGCUUGGCUUCUUACUCUUUUAACAGAUUCCUGUCCUCUCAGUCUUAUCUCCUCUUCUACUGCAGCCUUGGCAUUCUUCUUUCUUCCCUAUUGCAGCACUCAGCCUCACUUUGUUGUAUUCCCCUGGAUUCGGAGCUUACCUUGGCACUUUAGGGCCCCUCCUCAGGGUGAGCUGUCCAACAGCCCACAUCCUUCAUCCCCAUUUUCUUUCAUUUCCCACUGAGCUUUUGAAAGAAAGGCUGCAUGGGGACCUCCACCUCCCUCCCCUUUCUUCCCAACACCUCCAUAUGGCUCUCAGUGGUGCUUACUUGCUUAGCAGCAGGUUUUCUGGAGAGGGAGGGGUUGCCCUCUAUACAUUCUCUGACUGGAAAACAGAGCUCUAUGUUGGAGAGACACAAGAGUCCCAGACUGAUGACAGAAAUUUGCACUUUGAACAUACGUGUUUUUGUGUUGUGGAAACACAAUUCCUUAUUUAUUGACAAAAGGUCUGAUUUUUUGUUUUUGUUGUUAUUUUUUUUGUGGGGCUAGGAAAGUGAACUAUUCUGAUAUGGGAUCCUUCCCACAAUAGGUACUUUUGGAGGCAAGACUGUAAGGUAUAAGAUAUAUAGCCAGCCCCUCAAAUCAUAGUUUUCUAGUGGCCUCUAAGAAGAGCUGGUCCUCAGCACUAAGAGAAUCACUAUAGUAGCUUAGUGAUCGUUUGAAAAAUCUUUUCAGGGAAGGGUGAAAGGCUUGAUGAAAAUUAGUGCCCUCUUUGGAUUUCUAGAGCAAUGAGCUUCAGUGUUUUUGAGAGAGAGAGGAGGGCUGUUUCAGGGUAUGUAUGAACUGCAAGAAACAAGAAUUUCUCUUGUAAGUCUGUCUUUUUCCCCUUAGACCUUCUUAGGUCAUUUAUUCCCAUCUAUUGCUAUGAUAUUCAUCGCUUUGUCAUUGUCUGCUUCAUUCCAGUGCCCUCUGUUAAGACACUGCCUCUUAAGGGGUCAAAGCAUGGCAUCUUGUGAUUUGAUUUCAUAAAAAAGUACCCAGCUCUGUUGCUCUCUGAUGGUUUUGCCCUUUCUUCAAAAGAGUGAGGCUACAACAGAUGUAGGGAUACAGUCAACUUGCUGCCUUUCAUUUUGAACUGGAAUCUAGGGGCAGGGGAGGAGGGGUCCUCCAUUGUCCCUUCUAGCAAAUUUGUGUACCCUAAGUACUAUCCAGGGGUAUGCUGCUUUAUGGACUAGUGUCUGGUAUAACUUUAACCUUCAAAAGACUGCCUGUCCAGUCUCAUUUUUAGAGCAUCAGAAGGGCGGUGGUUGUCCUUGAGAAAGGCUUUAUUGUGUACCUCAAGUGGUAGGCAUGAAGUUGAGAAAUGGGUGGUGACUGUUAGAGGAAAGAAGGUUUGUUGGAAAAGGUGAGGAACAGCUGCUUUUCAUGAACACUAAAAAUACAAAGGUUAUCAUUUUUCUAUCUUGAUUUUUCUUUUUUUUUUCUUCUCCCUUCUCUCCCUCCUUCCCCCCCCCCCCACACCCUUGAAGAAAAGCGUGACACCAAAAUGUCAUCUUUGAAAGAAGCUUGACUUUACCACUUGUUGCCGAGCAGGCCUGCCAGGAGAAUGGGGAGUGGAGCUCCCACAGUGGACGAAGUCUCAAAUACCCCAUUGUUUCUUAGAUUUGCAGGCCCUUGGCUGUGGGGGUAGAGAGUAAAAGGGGACAAGGAUGGGGCCUGAUGGGGAAUAUGCUUUCCUUCAAGCCCUAGGGGGUGGCCAGUUGACUUGGUAUGUUGAGAACGUUUGAAAAGGCCACGAAACCUGAUCAAAUGGGGCCGCCCACAUGAAGGCCCAGUCUGUACUGGCUACACCAGCUAGCACCCAUUCCACCCCUCAUCAGUUGUUUAGCCCUUUGCUUUUUUUCAAUAUAUUUCAGUUGUGGUGGUUAGUGUCUUCACAGAUACCACUGCCACUCCACUAGAAGCAAACUCCACACAUAGCUUGUCUAAGGAAAGGGAGAGAGCUGUGUCAGAUUCCCCUUCCACCCCCAACUAGUUCUAACACUUAGAAACUUCCUACUUCUCUCAUUCCUUGUCCUUUUCUCUGCCACCACUCGCGUGCAUGCAGUUUGCUUCAAUUAAAUUAUUGUAGUUUGCAAUAAACACUUUGUAUUUUUCAUGGGCUUUAUUUUAUUUUUCCUUUUGGGAACAUUUGGGGAAAAGAACAUGGUAUGGAAUUGGGAGUUGAUUUCCUGCUCUCUUUUUAAGUAAACUAAUAUCUUGCAUCCUUCCCCUUUGUGUUUUCUUCUCCAUCCCCCCUCUCCUUUCCUUAAAGUUGACUUAAGUGCACUUCCGAGGAGCCUUACAUGCACAUCUCCUACCCCUGGUCCAGAAAUAGUCCAAUCCUGUUAUAUUUAAAUUGUGUCCAUUUUAGCUCUGUGUUCUCCUUUUGAAUGGACACUUGUCACGUUGCACUGUACCUCAAAAGUAGAUUACUGGUUGGCAUGAGGCUGCAAAUUGAGCAGGGAGCUGUGUUUUCUCCUUGUUUAGAGGGACAUCUUGUAAUCAUUUUUGCAUGAUUGAGACACCAUCUUAAAAUGAGAUUCAGAUAGAGGUUUGGAUGUGAUAACUGGCCAUGAGGAACUGGGCUUUUAGGGUGUGAAGCAGCUUGCGUAUGGAAGUGCCUGUACCAGUUCCAUACCUGCAUGAGGCAGAGAGCAGAAGGGACACAGUUGGCUCUGACUAAGGCGUUUGAUGAACCAUCUUUCCCCUUCUCCCUCUUUGUCCUCUUCCCUCCUCCCAGAUGUAAUAUUCAAGGAAAAAGAAGUAAUGGAUCAAUUUAAAAUAUUUUAUUUCUCAAAGACCUCUCUUUUUCGCCUGUUGAAACAUGCAGGACCCUUCUUAAUUGAAUGGGAGAGACAGGUACUUAACUGAACCUAGGUUGGAAAAGUUAUGUAAAAAAAUUAUAAUAAAAGGGAUACUCUGCUUUUCAAUUCCUGUUGUUUUCUCUUAAUCUAGGUAAAACAUAAUGAAAAUAAAUGUGUAAAGAAGAAAAAUAAAAGUUGUCUUCAUGGAA